AUGAAGCGUUCCCACCUGCUGGUUCUGGUCGUUGUGGGAUCAGCAGCUGGCAUUCCCUUAUGGUCUUCCAGGGCCAAGAGCUCCGUGGGAGACAUUACGAACAGGUUCCUUGCAGUCGAUUUCACUGGUUCUGCGCCUGUCACUUCUGUACUAGCUAUCACCGAACUCAGCGGUUCUGUCACUGAACUGCCUUCCUCCACUGGUGUUGCGUCGAUUCCUGCUGAUUAUCAUCAUAUCAAGAGAGACCCCCUGUCGAGGUCUUCUGAAAUGUCUACCGUGACGUCCACGGAGAGUAAAACGACCGCGGAGCCAACAGAGACAUCGACAAAGACGACUGGAAAGACCUCGACAACCUCUGGAGGGUUGACCGUGACAUCUACCGAUGGUACAACAACCGUAGAGCCGACAGAGACAUCGACAAAGACGACUGGAGGAUCGACCGUGAAGUCUACCGAUGGUACUACAACUGUGGAGCCAACGGAGACAUCGACUGUAACGACUUCAAAGACCACUGGAGACACAACUGUGACAUCCACCCAUGGUACUACAAUUGUUGCUCCAACGGAGACUACUACCAGGACAACUGAAACGACUUCGAGGACAUCUGGAGGUUCGACUGUGACAUCCACUGAUAGCACUACAACUGAUACGCCAACGGGUAGCUCCACCAAGACGACUGGAACGUCUUCAAAGACCACCGAACACUUGACUGUGACGUCCACCCCUAGUACUGCAACUGUUGAGCCGACAGGAAGUUCGAUCAAGACUUCCAUGCCAACCUCGUCAUCUACCACAUCGACCAGGCCUACUGACGAUCCAACUAGUCCUCCGACAGAGCCUCCUGUUCCGACAAAGCAUCCUACUUCCACAGAGAGCACUAUCCCGAUAGUGACUCCAAUCCCAACUCGGAGUCCUACCCCGACAGAGAGUCCUAUUCCAACCCAGAUCCCUACCCAAACGUCUGUCCCGACAAGAACUACCUCAGGGACAGAGUCGGGCUCGAGUCCAAAUAUACCGACACAGAAUCCGACUAGGCAUUCAACUGAGUCUUUGCCCCCGACUUCGUCUUCUACGAAAAUAACGUCUAGCACGUCUCCUGGCAGUCCAACGAUUCCAACCUGGGACCCCACUAGUAGCCCUAGCACAAGAACUGUCCCAGCACCAACUCCUACCAGCAACCCUUCUACCACAAUGACUCCUACAGAGACACCGUCUAGCACGACGUCUUCUAGUAGUUCCGCUAUAUCAUCCCAGGAUCCCACCAGCAGCCCGACCACGAGUACCACCCCAACGACAAUCCCUACCAGCGGUCCCUCGGGCACAACAACGCCGACAACAUCGUUUAUACCUACGCACUCACCUACAAGUCGUCCUAGUGUGAGUAUUCCCGACACGAGCACUGUACCAAUACCAAUCACAGUGCCUUCUAGCACGCCUUCAAGGACAGUGUCUCCAACAACGCUUACUAGUCCAACCCAGGAUCCCACCAGUCGAUCCAGUGUUGGUAGAUCUAGCACUUUCAGCACGAGCACUGUGCCGAUAACAGUGCCUUCCAGCACGUCUUCCGGACCAGUUUCUACCACAAGAUCUGCUACUCCUACCCAGGACCCUACCAGUCGUCCUAGUUCGAGUAGUCCUGGCACGAGCACUAUUCCAACAACAGUGCCUUCUAGCUCACCUUCAGGAACAGUGUCUCCGACCACAUCCACAAGUCCAAGCGCGCCUACUAGUCCAACUACGUCCGCUAGCCCCACCCAAGAUCCCACCAGUCGCCCCAGCGCGAGUAAUCCUGGCACGAGCAUGGUACCGACAACAGCGCCUUCUAGCAGCACGUCUAUAGGAACAGUGCCCACGACUACGUCCGUUUCUCCCACGUCGAGCUCGCCCGGAACUGUGUCGCCAACCACGUCUGCAACUCCUACUCAGGAUCCUACCAGCCGUUCUAGUUCAAGUAUUCCUAGUACUAGCACUGUACGGGCAACAGGGCCUUCUAGCAGCACGCCUUCAGGAAUAGCGUCUCCAACUACAUCUACUGCUUCUAGCCAGGAUCCCACCAGUCGUCCGAGCAGCCCUAGUACGAGUUCCGUACAGAUACCAGUGCCUUCUAGCAGCACGCCUACCGAAACUGUGUCCCCACCUACAUCUGCUACUCCGACUCAGAGUACCACUAGAACCGUGUCUCCUACAUCUAUUAUGCCUACUCAGGAUCCCACCAGUCGCCCUAGCACGACGCUAACAACGAUCCCUUCUCGGAGCUCCCCUGCAACUGCGUCUCCUACAAGCCCGGUAAUUCCAACUAAGCUUCCUACCAGCAGUGGAAGUACUCCUGGUACGAGUACGGUGACAAUAACCGUGCCUUCUAGCUCUUCUUCUGGAACAGUGUCUCCAACUACCUCUGCUAGCCCGACUCUGGACCCCACCAGCCGCCCUAGCAUGAGCGUCACGCCGACGACAGUCUCCUCUCAGAGUUCACCUGAGACUGUGUCUCCAAGUACGUCUGCUACUCCCAUACUGGACCCCACAAGUCGUCCCAGCAUGAGUGUCACGCCAACGACAGUCCCUUCUCCGAGCUCCCCUGAAACAGUGUCUCCUACAAGCCCUGUGAUUCCAACGAAGCUCCCUACUAGUCAUCCUGGCAUAAGCACCCCAUCAACAAUUAUUACUUCUAGUACACUUUCUUCAACCACUGCACUUCCCACUGAGGACCCUACCAGGUCGCCGCCAGAAACCGGUUCUUCUACGCGCGUGCCCCCCGUUAGUCCGACCAGUACUGUUUUGUCUACUCCUAUAGGCACCACGGAGCCAACCACCGGGUCCGCGAGCAAGACUCGGAGGACUGGCGUGGAUCCAACCAGGAUUCCGAGCAGCACCCCGACUCCUAGCACUGGCGUGGACCCCACCCCGAGCGAGACGUCGAGCACUGGCGUAGACCCGACCAGAGCCCCAACGAGCGCCUCAACUCCCAGCACCGGCGUAGAUCCGACCAGGGUUCCAACGAGCGCCCCGACUGUCACUAGAACGCCGAGUACCGGCGUGGACGCGACUAGAGUCCCAACGAGCGCCUCAACUCCCAGCACCGGCGUGGAUCCGACCAGGAUUCCAACGAGCACUCCAGUCCCAAGCAAGACAUCGAGUACCGGCGUGGAUCCGACAAGAGUUCCAACAAGUGCUACAACCCCCAGCACUAGGGUGGAUCCAUCGAGAGCUCCCACGAGCGGCCCGACUCCAAGCAGGACGUCGAGCACUGGAGUAUAUCCGACCGGGAUUCCAACGAGCACACCUACUCCUAGCACUGGCGUGGAUCCGACCAGGAUCCCAACGAGCACCCCGACCCCGAGCAAGACAUUAAGCACUGGCGUGGACCCAACAAGAGUUCCAACGAGCGGUCCGAGUCCCAGCAGGACCCCCAGCACCGGCGUGGAUCCUACGAGAAUCCCAAGCAGCACUCCGACCCCAAGUAGUAUCCCGCCUCCGAGCAGGACGCCUAGCUCUAGCAUGAGUCCGACGAAACUUCCCACCAGCACUCCAAUCCCCACCAUUACACUUCCGCCAUCGACCACGAUCACAGAAACAGUAACCGAGACAAGGACUACUUGGAUCCCUAGACCGACUGAACCUGGCGGGGAUGAACCGGAUGAGCCGGAGGACCCCCCGGGCAAAAAGUGCUACUGGACCAAGGUCUGCCCCGAGCCCAUUUAUACCAUCAUGGCAUAA